AUGGGAGACGAAAUGGAUCCCUGCGAAUGCAUCUGGAAUCAUGAGCUUGCUAUGCGCCGACUGAUCUCCCUGCUUCGUCAGGGUCAAACAUACUGCACUGAUGGGGAGUGCCUGGACGAGCUGCCCGGGCCUCCAGCUCAGGCGGCCAGCAACAGCUUCCUAGUGAUGUUCCUCAUGAUGGCACUCGCUGUGGCCAUGUACAUGAUGCGCCCGCGGCCUAUACAGGACGUCGCCAAACCAGCCGCCAACCCUCAGCAGGACCGCGAUGGCGCUCCACCAACGCCGCCGCGUGUUUAA